AACGAGGCGCCUGAUUGGUGGAGAGUGGGUUAGGCUGCGCGAGCGCGGCGGAACGGCCCUUUCCUUUCUCCAUCCCCUCCAGAAGGUUCCGCGACCGGAUUUCGGCUCGCCUCGCCGCUGAGAUGCUGGGCCAGCGCCCCGUUCUCGUCCUCAGUCAGAACACGAAGCGCGAAUCCGGAAGGAAAGUCCAGUCCGGAAACAUCAAUGCCGCUAAGACCAUUGCCGACAUUAUCAGAACAUGCUUAGGACCAAGGGCCAUGAUGAAGAUGCUGUUGGACCCCAUGGGCGGGAUUGUCAUGACCAACGAUGGCAAUGCUAUCCUCAGAGAAAUCCAAGUCCAGCAUCCGGCUGCCAAGUCCAUGAUUGAAAUCAGCCGCACUCAGGACGAAGAGGUGGGAGAUGGGACCACGUCUGUCAUCAUUCUCGCUGGAGAGAUGUUGUCAGUUGCAGAGCAUUUCCUAGAGCAGCAGAUGCACCCAACGGUUAUCAUUAGCGCAUACCGGAAGGCCUUGGAUGACAUGAUCAGCGCUCUGAAAAAGAUCAGCACCCCUGUUGACGUCAACAACCGCGAAGCCAUGCUCAAAAUCAUCCAGAGCGCCAUUGGCACGAAGGCGAUCAGCCACUGGUCCAACCUGGCCUGCGGCAUUGCCCUCGACGCAGUUAAGACUGUGGAGCUCGAAGAGAACGGCAGGAAGGAAAUCGACAUCAAGAAAUUUGCCAAAGUGGAAAAGAUUCCUGGUGGAUUCGUUGAGGAUUCGUGCGUCUUGCGUGGGGUCAUGAUCAAUAAAGACAUCACUCACCCCCGGAUGCGCCGCACCAUCAAGAACCCCCGCAUUGUCUUGCUGGACUGCUCCCUGGAGUACAAGAAAGGCGAGAGUCAGACUGAGGUUGAGAUCACCCGCGAGGAGGACUUUGCCCGCAUCCUGCAGAUGGAGGAGGAAUUCAUCCAGCAGAUGUGUGAGCACUUGAUCAGAGUCAAGCCAGAUCUCAUCAUCACAGAAAAGGGAAUCUCAGACCUGGCCCAGCAUUUCCUGAUGAGAGCCAACAUCACCGCCAUCCGACGUGUGAGGAAAACCGACAACAACCGGAUUGCGAGGGCUUGUGGGGCUCGUGUGGUCAGCCGUACGGACGAGCUGCGCGAAGAGGACAUUGGGACGGGCGCAGGACUCUUUGAAGUGAAGAAGAUUGGGGACGAGUACUUCACCUUUAUCACUGACUGCAAGGAGCCCAAAGCUUGCACCAUUAUGCUCCGGGGCGCCAGCAAAGAGAUCCUAGCGGAGGUGGAGCGGAACCUGCAGGAUGCCAUGCAGGUCUGUCGCAACGUCCUGAUAGACCCCCAGCUGGUCCCCGGCGGUGGCGCUUCCGAGAUGGCUGUGGCCCACUCCUUGACGGAGAGGUCGAAGGUCAUGACCGGGGUGGAGCAGUGGCCUUACCGUGCGGUGGCCCAGGCCCUCGAGGUCAUCCCCAGGACGCUCAUCCAGAACUGUGGUGCCAGCACUAUCCGUACGCUGACUUCGCUGCGGGCAAAACAUACCCAAGAAGGGAGCCAGACCUGGGGCGUCAAUGGGGAGACCGGCGCCUUGGCGGACAUGAAGGAGCUGGGGAUCUGGGAGCCUUUGUCCGUCAAGCUGCAGACCUACAAGACUGCCGUGGAGACGGCCGUCCUCCUCCUGCGCAUUGACGACAUUGUUUCAGGCCAUAAGAAGAAAGGGGACGACCAGAGCAAACCGACUGGGGCCCCUGACGCAGCCCAGGAGUAGCCCUGCAUGGUUUUGGCUUUCGGCCGCCAGACGUGGAACCAAGUGAAGUUUUGGCCGCCGCGUCCCUCCUCCGUCCCCCGGUUGCAGGAACGGUCAAGCGUCCAAGAUACCGAUUUGUUUGGAAGUUGGCAGGAGGGAGCGAAAGAGAAGGACGAAGGAGGAAGACCGCCGAAACGCAUUCUGUUAGGAGGCACUGGCGCAUAACUUAAGUGUAUACUGUAGCUUCUUUGUGGCUUUAUUAAUAAAAACACACACUUCACAAGUUCA